CUACCAACCUCAAUGGCAAGAGGAUUAACAUUGAGUGCAGGACUCACGGCCUUUAUUGCUCUUGUACUAGUCCACGAAACUUGCAGUGCUACUACUAAGGUUAAUCAUCACUGUGCCCCUUCAUCCUGUGGCAAUAUCAACAACAUAAGCUUUCCGUUUCGAUUGAAGACCGAUCCUAAAAAGUGCGGGGACUCAAGGUAUGAACUGUCUUGUGAGAACAAUCGUGCGGUGCUAUACUUCUUUGAAGGAAAAUACAAAUACUACGUACAGGAAAUCAAUUACAGUAAGUACACAAUCAGGAUCGUGGACUCAGGUAUAUACAAGGACAAUUACUUCCCCUUCUCCACCUCGAAUUUUUCUUUAUAUGGAUAUAAUUUCCCUGAUUCUGCAUAUACGAGGUCUCUGCCGAAGAUUACAGAGGAUGACAAACUAUCGAGGAGUGUGGUUUUGAUGAGCUGUGAAAAACCAGUGAAUUCUCCAUUCUAUUUGGGCACUUCUACUUGCAUUGACAAUGGAAAGUCUUCUUCUAACACAUCUACUUCUCAUUUCAAGAGGUAUAGAUAUUUUAAGGUUGGUAGAACGAAUGCAGCCGAUGUGGUGGACUUGUGCAAAGUAGAGCAGAUGUUCCUGACAUCUUGGCCAAGAAACGAUGACCCAAAUAUCUCCUGUAAAGACGUCCACAAUGAAUUGGUAUAUGGUUUUGAGAUUUCAUGGCUCCUAGGUAAUUGUCACAGUAUUUGCAAAAGAAAGUACACCGGUUGCUACCUCAAUGACAAGAACCAUGUUCAAUGCGGCAGAGGAUUUCUUGAACUUAUGCUACUUUAUCUCCGAGAAUGGCCUUACACUCUACAGGCUCUUUUGCCAGAAAAUUUGUUCCUACCACUGCACACCACUCGUAAUGUGAUUCUCGUCAUCAACUUUUAUAGAAUAUUAAACAUCGUGCUAUUACUCCUCGCUGCAAAAAUGGUAUUUGGGACUCCAUGUGUGGUGGCCCUUUUGAUAUAUAAGUGGCGUAGGAGGCAUUUAUCAAUGUAUGAUGCUAUUGAAGAAUUUCUGCAAAGCCAAAUUAACCUCAUGCCAAUUAGGUACACUUACUCAGAAAUUAAGAAGAUGUCCAAAGGUUUCAAGGACAAAUUGGGUGAAGGAGGUUAUGGCUUUGUAUACAAAGGAAAGCUUGAAAGUGGCUCUUUUGUAGCUAUAAAGAUAUUGGGUAACUCCAAAGCUAAUGGGCAAGAAUUUAUCAGCGAAGUUGCAACAAUUGGAAGAAUUCACCACAUGAAUGUGGUACAACUCAUUGGCUUCUGUGCUGAGGGAUCAAAACGUGCCCUUAUAUAUGAAUUCAUGCCUAAUGGUUCUCUUGAAAAAUACAUUUUUUCUCUAGAAGGAAAUAUACCCUUAAGUAUUGAGAAAACAUAUAAGAUUUCUCUUGGAGUGGCUCGUGGGAUUGAAUAUCUACAUCGAGGAUGUGACAUGCAAAUUCUGCAUUUUGAUAUCAAGCCUCAUAACAUUCUUCUUGAUGAGAACUUCAUUCCAAAAGUUUCUGAUUUUGGGCUUGCAAAACUUUAUCCAGCGAAUGAUAGCAUAGUGUCUUUGACUGCUGCAAGAGGAACAUUAGGAUAUAUAGCUCCAGAGUUGUUCUAUAAAAACAUUGGAGGGGUCUCCUAUAAAGCUGAUGUUUAUAGUUUUGGCAUGUUAUUGUUGGAAAUGGCAAGCAGAAGAAAGAAUGUGAAUGCAUUUGCUGACCAUUCAAGCCAAAUUUACUUCCCAACUUGGGUCUAUGGCCAAAUUAGUGAAGGAAAUGACAUAGAAAUAGAAGAUGCCACAGAGGAGGAGAAGAAAAUUGUUAAGAAGAUGAUCAUAGUCGCAUUAUGGUGCAUACAGAUGAAGCCUAGUGACCGUCCUUCAAUGAACAAAGUUGUAGAAAUGCUUGAAGGAGAAGUUGAAUGCUUACAAAUGCCUUCCAAGCCUUUCCUAUCAUCAUCACCAACGAGACAAACAAGAGAUGUAGGAGCCAACUUAAAUUCAACUAGUUCAUCAUUUCAAUCAAGUGAAUCGGCUAAACUUUAAAUGCAAGGGAAAGCUAACACCAUAGCAAGACUGGGGCAAUUAUUCUUGAUGUAUAUGAUAGCAUAAAGACACUUCAUAUUUUUGUGUGACAAAUAAUUGGUCCCUUGAUUUAUGAUAGCAAUCCUUA